AUGCUGGAGUGCAAGGAUGAUGCCACCCAACGAGCAGCAGCUCUUCAGUCCGUCAACCACAAUGUCUUUGAGGCGACUGACGGGAAUGAGACGGCAAUGAUCUUCCGCAAGGUCAUCUCGAUGCUCAACGACCCUGUUUGGGAUGUCAAACGAGCUGCAAUCCGAUUGCUCUCUGAGCUAGGCUCACGAUUCGGCCACCAGACAGUGGCGAGUCUGAACCGAUUGCUCUUUCACCCUGAUCCUGUGGUUCAGCUCAUGAUUGCCUGUGUGCUGAAGAAUGUGGAGGGUGCCGACGACUACGGCCAGCAAAUCUGGGGUGACCGGUCGAAAGCCGAAGCUGCUUUGAGUCAUCAAGGAGGACUCCUUGAGUUUCUCGAUGCAAGCUUCAAGGGCGACCGGGAGAUUGUCCUUUCGGCCGUGAAGCAGGACGGGCAAGCCUUGAAGUAUGCGGAGCCGAGCUUGUGUGACGAUGAAGAGAUCGUGCUCGCUGCAGUCGCCCAGAGCGGAUCAGCGGUUCACUUUGCCAGCCAGAAGAUCAUCGCGAGACAUGCGGGUCUCCGCGCACUGGUCACGAAAGCCGAGCACAUGAGCACCAAGCAAGUCGUGGCCAUUAAGAAAGUGUCCUAUGACCCCGAGGUCUUCGGGCACGGCGUGCCAGCCUUCGCAGUGCGGGAGGCGUCAGUGCUGCUCAGGUUCGAUCAUCCCAACAUCGUGCGGCUUUUAGAAGUGCAUGUGGGCCGUGGCGACAUUCAGAUGGUCUUCGAGCUUCAUCUGGCUGACCUCCGCAUGGUCUUGAAUCAGAAUCCCGAGGCCAUGUCGAUGGAGCAAGUCCGACAGUACUCCGCGAACAUCUUGGAUGGCCUUUAUGCGUGCCACACCCACCAGCUUCUUCACCGCGACAUCAAGCCUCAGAACAUUCUCGUCAGCGCCGAAGGCAUCCUUAAGAUAGCAGACUUUGGCCUGGCGCGUGUGAGCAAUCACCAGCCGUUGACGCUGGAGGUGGUGACGCUGUGGUACAGGAGUCCAGAACUCCUCCUUGGUGCGACUCGCUAUGGAUUUGAAGUGGACUGCUGGUCAGCAGGCUGUGUGAUCGCAGAGAUGUCCACCGGGCGCCCGUUGUUCCCAGGAGACUCUCAAGUUAACACUUUGUUUCAGAUCUUUCAGCUGCUGGGAACGCCGUCAAGUACGAAUUGGCCACAGGGUACGCAGCUCCGCCAUUUCAAAGACAAGUUCCCAAAGUGGCCAGCGACAGAACUAAAACCCAUUCUCGAUGUGCGACCAGAGCUUUACGGUCAUGAAGGGCAUGAACUCCUCAGUGGCCUCGCGGCUUUCUUCUGGCUCUUAGGACUUUAA